GUGCAGUGAUAGAUAGUUGUAUUUGUUUACCCGCUACUUUGAGGUUACGUUAUGCAAUGCUCUUAAUUAUAUUUAAAAUAGUUACAUUUCUAAAUUGAAUUUGUCAAGAUAUAAUUAUUUUUAAAUUUGUUACCUUCAAACGCAAUAGGCGUAAUGCAGUCUUCAAUGCUAAGAAAAGGAAUGAUUGUAGGCAUGGGAAACUCCAUGCUAGAUCUUAUUGGCCAUGUCAGUGAAGAUGUCCUCGAUAAGUACAAAUUAGUAGCAAACAAUGGUUACCUGGCGGCAGAGGAACAUAUGCCACUUUUUCAGGAAUUAAUGGAAAAAUACAAUGCAAAGUUUGUUGUUGGAGGAUCUGUACAGAACACUUUUCGGGUCACUCAGUGGGUUUUAAAUGUGCCUAAAGUAUGCACCAUAUUUGGAGGUAUAGGAUGUGACCAGGAGGGAAAGGUGCUUGUCAGCAAGGCGGAAGCGGACGGAGUGGACACACAGUAUCAGUACAUCAAUGGAACUCCAACAGGUAUCUGUGCUGUGCUUUUGACAAAAAAUGGAGCAGAAAGAACAUUGGUCGCUAACCUGUCAGCAGCAAGUUGCUUUACAAUCGAUCACCUUCAAAAGGAAGAAAACCACAACAGGCUGCAGGUAGCAGAUGUGGUUUAUGUAGCGGGAUUUUUCUUACCAGUCAGUGUGGAAUCAGUACUAUAUGCUGCGCAAUGCGUACACAAUAGGAGUACAGGAACAUUUGCUAUGAAUUUGAGUGCCUCAUAUAUAGCUGAACGGUACUUGACGGAAUGGACCAGAGUGAUGCCUUACAUUGAUCUUUUAUUUGGGAAUGAAACGGAAGCUCGAGUAUUUGCUAAGGAACUUAAAUUUAAACAAGUGAAAGAUCUACAUGAAAUAGCCCUGGAGUUGAGUCAUAUGCCUAAACUCCGGCCUCAACAAAGGAUAGUAGUCUUAACUCAAGGCUGUGAUCCAGUCAUUGUUGCAAAAGACGGAGUGACAAAAGAGUAUCCGGUUAUACAACUUAGUCCUGAAAAAGUAAUAGAUACAACUGGAGCUGGAGAUGCAUUUGUUGGAGGAUUCUUGGCUCAAUUUAUUCAGAAUCGUCCUCUAGAACAGUGCAUCUCUUGUGGAAUUUGGUGUGCAACGCAAAUAGUUCAGCAGCAAGGCUGUUCUUUGGAAGGAUUUGUGAAAUAUGAAACCGUAAACAAUAAAAAUAAAUAAAACUACAGUAA